GCGGCGACGGCGGGAGUUAAGCAGAGCGAGAAUUCUCUCAGCAAGGCGCAGGGCGAGGACGCCGCUGGCUGGCCACCCGGUCUUCUCUGCGCGGCUGCUGCUGGGAGUCGAGGAGAAAUUGGCAGAGCUGGCGGGAACUCCAGCUUCGACAUGCACAGCACUCGACUUGACAGCUUCCUGAGCCAGCUCCGCUGGGAAUUGUUGUGUGGUCGGGACACAGGCUCAUCCCCUAUGCCUGGCCCCUUGCAGCCACCAACUAAAACUGACCCUGGUGUGCAGCCUGGCCACCAACUUAGGGCCUCAGAUGCCUUGGAAGAGGACUCUGUCUGCUGUGUGGAAGAGGAAAAGGAGGAAGAAGUCUUGGUGGCAGAAGAUAGGGGUGCAGACUUGAGGGGCCCCAGGGAGCACACCCUGGACUGGGACUCUGGCUUCUCAGAAGUAUCAGGCAGCACAUGGCAAGAGGAAGAGCUGUCUGUACUCCGGCGCCCAGCAGUACCAGCACGACCCCCUCAAACCCAGCGCCUCUCAGUCAGUGGACUCCCCCUGCUUAACAGGGCACCUGUAGCCAGCAUACCACCUGUCCACCGUCCACGGCCCAAGUCUACUCCAGAUGCCUGCCUGGAGCACUGGCAGGGAUUGGAAGCAGAGGACUGGACAGCUGCUCUACUGAACAGGGGACGUAGUCGCCAGCCCCUGGUGCUGGGGGACAACUGUUUUGCUGACUUAAUUCACAACUGGAUGGAACUGCCUGAGGCAGCAAGUGAGAUGGGUGAUGGAGGCAUGCCCCGUGCCCGGGCUCGCCCCCCCCAGUUUUUGCUUAGUCUCUCUGAGCAGCUGCGGCGCAAGCUGGCGAGGGCUCGGCGGGCAGCUAUGGUGGGAAAGCGGUUGUCAUGCCCACCUCGCCCAGAACAUGAACUGCCUGCAGACCUAUCUCGCUUUGCAGCCCUCAUGAGCUGCCGAAGUCGCCAGCCCAUCAUCUACAAUGAUGUCAAUUAUCUUUGACCCUGCCUUCCAGCCUGGGACAAUAAAGGCCUUUUUCUAGA